CUGCGUCAUCAGUAACGGAAGCAGGAAAACACGACCAGGUCCAAAGUCUAGUAAUGAGUGCGUGAAGUAUUCAAGAUGACUCAGGUAAGCCAUCAUCCAUGGGGAGAGUGGCCUGGCCAGGGCACCGUGGACCUGUGGGUUGUCCAGUCUCCUCAGGUGAAGGUGGAAGUCCUAACCUUAGGUGCCAUUAUCAGAUCAGUGAGCUACAGAGGGAACGAUGGACAAAUGGAGGAUGUAGUCCUUGGCUAUGAUAACCUGGAAGGUUAUGUAUCAGAUAAGCGGUACCUGGGCGCUGUGGUGGGCCGUGUGGCAAACAGGAUUGCAAAGGGACGUUUUGUCCUUGAGGGAAAGGAGUACCAGCUGGAUCUUAACAAUGGACCAAAUGCGCUGCAUGGAGGCCUGCGAGGCUUCAACAAGGCUAUCUGGCUUGCUGCAGCAGUGGAAGGUGGUGUGCAGCUGAGUCUUACCAGUCCAGAUGGAGACCAGGGUUAUCCUGGUGAAGUUCAGGUCUCUGUCUCCUACACACUGCAGGGGGAAGAACUAACUGUUGAAUACCAAGCACAGGCUAACAAAACUACCCCCAUCAACCUCACCAACCAUUCCUACUUCAACCUGGCCGGACAGGGUGUAGCAGAUAUCUACGACCAUCAGGUGUCCAUCACUGCACAGUCGUACCUGCCUGUGGAUGACACAUCAAUUCCUACAGGAGAGAUCAGAGAGGUGAAAGACACACCCUUUGACCUCAGAGAACCAGUUCUCAUUGGCCCUCGUCUGAAGGAACUUCAAGGCCCAGGGUUUGACCACAACUUCUGUUUGUCAUCACCCGGAGGUCCAUGGACAGAGAAACGCGCUGCCAGAGUCUGUCACCCAGCAAGUGGGCGUGUCUUAGAGGUUUCUACUAACCAGCCAGGAGUCCAGUUCUACACUGCCAACUUCCUGGAUGGCUCCAUCGCAGGAAAGUGUGGUUGUAGAUGGAAGUUAACCUUCGGUCAAGUUCACUUCCUGGCCUUACAUGGAUAGGCAUGUAACAUAUCCUUCACGUUAAUCUGCAGAGCUCUCUAGAGACUCAUCUGUCUGAGACUCUUUGAUUGCUCCCAUCUCCAGAAUAGUUUUUAAUUCCUUCACGCCUACUUUUCAUUGACUUCUAAACUCUUGAAUGCAUUGUCACACUUUGGCAAGUCUAUAGGUAUAUAUAUUAUCUAGGUUUAUGCCUCCUGGUAGGGUAGACAGCAAAAUGCUGUUGUGGCAUGCAAACAUAUGCUCUCUUGGAUGGUAUAAGUUGGUCAUCACAAAUGAGCAAAGUGUGAUUGGCAAUCUGGCACCUGAGGCCCCAACUUAUCAGAUACCAAAGUCAUUCAGCAGGCUCCUCGGAGAAACGGGCUUUGCCUCUCCAAACUUUUAGGAGGUUGAAAUCUGUGUUGCUACACCUCUGUCAGAGAAGACAAGCUCAUAAGUAUCACAGUCCAUACAUAUAGUCACUUUUCCCUGAUUGCAUCCAUUGUCAUGUAUGAUCUUUCAAAGUCUUCCUCAGAACUCGACCAGACCGUAUGUGUGGUACUGACAAACAGUCAUCCAAACAGACGUAAUUAACCAUUAGUCUGCUCAGAAUCUCCUUUGGGAUUCCAGCUCUGAGGAUAACCUGAAAUAGUGUCCAUGUAACUCCCUCUGCAGAAAUGUUGUGAGGUUGCAUUACUUUGGGAUAUUGAUAAUAGGGCUUUGGAGCGUGAUGUCACAGGGGUGGGCGUGGAAAGGAUUUUGGCCCGAUCCGCCAUUUUGGGGGUCUAAGUAAGGAGCCAAAGCAUAGCCAUGGUUCGUACUUGCUGUGUGCUCGGCUGCAAUGUUCGAUCUUACGACCGGCACGGGAAUAAGUUUGGAUUGU